GAACAUUUUAGCAUCGCUUCAUUCAAUGUGAUCGACUCGCGCGAUUCGCGACUGUGGAAUUUUCGUGUGGAGCAGUAAAAAAAGAGUAGUGAAGUCUCAACACAGUCCGAAGAGUGUUAAGUAAUUUUCACGCAAACACAACAUUAUUCUUGGCGGAUUUAGCGACUCGAAGUGGUGUCUUUUUGUCUAUUCUCUACCAGGAUUUUAGAGAAUAGAACUUAGGAGAAUCUUGUAUCUUGUCGUCUCAGUGUUGUGAGCAUUCGAAGCGGAAAAGAUUAGCUGGAAAAUUUGUUGGCAGGGAAAAACAGACAACUUUUUGGGAGUGUGGUUAAUUCGUGGGCGAAGUGGAGGCAGGAAUUAGCGCGUCGAAUGAUUUCGGUGAAGCACUUGCCGUCGGCUUGAGACUGCGAGCGCGCCUCAGUCCGAUCGAUUGCGCGGCCGGGGACGAGACAGCCAGAGAGACUUGAUGGAAUUCCCAAUUAGUGGAUUGAUAGUGUAUUUCCGUGGCAUUCACGAACAAUUUCUGGCAUAAUUGUGUGCCCUGUGCGCCGCUAGCGGUGGAAGAUAAGCAGUUGGAACGGAUUUCAGCAAAGUGGAUUUAGAGUUGCGAGGAUCACAGGCUGCCAGGAUGUCAGUCCAGACGAAGCGCCAGCACUGCUACUUGUGCGAUCUGCCCCGGAUGCCGUGGGCCAUGAUCCAUGACUUCAGUGAGGCCGUGUGCCGCGGCUGUGUCAACUACGAAGGCGCCGACCGGAUUGAGUUGGUGCUCGACACGGCGCGCCAAAUGAAGCGCGCCCACUCGGCCGGCAAGAGGGCCCACGAGAACGGCGAGGUGGCGGCGGCCCACAGGGGCGUCCCGGCCUCGCAUCAUCACACUUACGCGCUGCAGCGCCCCGCCGCCGCGGCGCCGGGGCUCAUGGACUACACGACAAAACUGGAGCCUCACGAGGCCACGGUGCGGCCGGUGCGCAUCUCGUCGCACAUGCCGCCGCACCAUCUGCCCAUGUCAAACCGGGCCGCGGCCGCCCCGCCGGCGCUGUCAGUGAACCUCAAGCGUCCGCCGCCGGACGACGACGAGCACGCCGACGGCGUUCCCAGCGUCAGCGUGAAGCGCAGCCCUGACGACGUGCCGUCGGCCAGGCCGCCGCUGACGCGCGGCGAGUCGCUGCCGGCGGCGCCCUUCGUGCCCGACAGGCAGCCCAGCUUCAAGGACAAGCACCCCGUGCGCGCCCCGUCCUUCGACACAGCCACUUUCAAGCCCGGAGUCUAUCCAACAUCCAUGCCACUACCACAAGUGUCGCUGGGAGAUUCAACGCCUCCAGCACCUCCAGUACCACCAUUGCAAAGUCCGAUGGCUAAUCUGAUGUCUAUUACAGAGACAUUGCCGCCCGGAAGUCCGAGGAGCGGUCCAAGUCCGCCAGGACCUCCGCCACCCAGAUCCGCCUCCAGAGGAAGCCAACACUCGCCCAACAGUUCAGGAUCGACGUCUGGGCGGCGCUCGUCGGGAUCGAGGCAUGUCUCCAGCACAACAGUGACGUCAACAGAGGCGCAGGCCAGCUCUGGCAUUGGCAACGGCGGUCCGGCGCCGAGCGGAGUGCCCGGACCGGGCCAGGCGGUGGCUCCCGGAACCGUUGGCGGGGCCAAUCCGGUGACGGGAAGCGGAGUGCCGCCCACGGUGGAUGGCAACGGUGCUGCUGUGCCGUCUUCGGGCACGCCAGCCGGUCCUGGCGGUGCUCCGGGCAGCAACUCCUCCAACAAUCCCACCCUGAAGUGCACACUGUGCCAGGAGCGACUCGAAGACACACACUUUGUCCAGUGUCCAUCUGUCAAUCACCACAAAUUCUGCUUCCCCUGCAGUCGUGAGAGCAUAAAGCGACAGGGCUCUGGCGCGGAAGUGUACUGUCCGAGUGGUGAGAAGUGCCCCCUGGCUAAUUCCACGAUACCCUGGGCCUUUAUGCAAGGCGAAAUUGCCACAAUCCUUGGUGAGGAGCUCAAGGUGAAGAAGGAGCGGGAGACUUAACUACGCCCCCCGCCUCCAGACACCCCCGAGAGUAUCCCGUGGACGUCCCACACCAUCUGGCUACCUCUGUGACCGUGGCAAACUGAGUGAGCCACCAACGAACUUUUCACCUUGUGAGCGCAGCGGGAAAACGGUGCCGCCAAGAAUGACUUUUGGGCUCCAUGAGCUGAUUGUUUUUGUGUAUCCCUCCGGGAGGGCAGCGCCAGUGCAGCUGCACAGGGGGGAGAGGUGUUUUGGCUGAUGAGAGAGCCAAGUUUGUGCUCUCGCCGGAAAGAGCUUACCGCCGCUGACGACCGGGGCGCAGCACGUAACAUUUUCUUUUUUCUUUUGGAGAAUCUUGCACAGUUGUUUUUGGUGCGAGGACACAAUUAUAAGUGACGCUUUGGAGACACAGCGACAGUGACGAUUUUUUGAAACUUGUAAAAUGCUAACAAUCUUUUUGAAGUGGGAUAAGAGAAAACAAAUACAUUAACAUAGAAGAAAGUUAUGAUAGAGAAACAUAUACCUAAUUGAUAAGGUGGAUAACACUUUUCUUAUUUUAAUAACUCUAUUUUCAGAGUUUCAAUUGUAGUGAGAGAUUAGGCGGAGAUGUUCUUUUUAAUUAUUGAUGAAAUCUAUGAUAUUUGUCUCUAUAGUUUGUCUAGUUUUUCAUUGUGUAACAUGAGCAGAUUUUCCCGUCUGCAGGAAGCUAAGGGGGAAGUGGGCAGGAAAAUGGUUCGAUGGAGACAUCAGUUCUCUUUCUUUGCCGUAAUUCAAUUAACUAAUUGGAAGGAGAGAAAGAGCGUGGCGCAGUGGAGAGUGGGUCCGAAAAAGUGUGACUUUGACAUCCUUUCCCCGACCCGAAGACUCGCUUCGUGGCCUCUUAGCCACGGAUUUCAGCUUUGGCAUCCGGUGCGUGUCACAAGCGGCUUUUAUGGCGAACCCCUUGCGUGUCGAGGAGUCUUUUGGGUGCUGUGACGUUUUUUUUAGGGGGGCCGAGUUGCAUUCUAACGGCGCAAUUAUCCUCGCAAACGACCCCUGAACGUGAUAUUGACGUGAGACAGCCUAAUUAUAAGGCCCCAAACGAGGGUUGAGGACUGAAAUGCGUCGAGGGUAAUUUAUGGCGCUCGUCUGUUGUCUCUCCAAUCGAUUGAGCCCCACUGGAAAAUCUGACGAAGGGGGAGUCUCAUGAUUUUCCCGCCCACAAUACACUUCCAUCAAUUCUUUUAAUUGUACAAAUUCGAGGGAGAGGUCAAACACUCUCCCCAGUAACUAUAAGUUUAAUAUUUCUAUUUAACAUGAGAAAGAGGAAUUUAUUUAAUUCUUAUUAAGAAGAUUAUAUAAUAUUUUUACAAUUUGUGGAGGCGCAAUUGGAGUGAAAUUCUUUUGUCAACAUUUCCCUCCGAUUCGCCUUCUCGUGUACAUAGAAAUCAUGGAAAAUCUUUCUAAUAUGGUUAGUAAUCUUACGAUAUAAUCUUGGAGUAAUAAACAAUUUAAAAAUUAUGGAGGAACAAGAGUAGAAGUGAAGUUUGUGUAAAUAUAGUUUACAAGGAAAAUUGAUAAAACAGAAAGUCUAGUACGACAAUGUGAAGAAUAAGCGUGAAUAUCUGUACAAAAGGCACGACUAUUUGAACAGACAGAGAAUUCUACUUGAAUAUUUGAUAAAUAAAAAUAGUGAAUGUCGAAAAGAUGAAGGGUUUAGACAAAGUAAUCUUUGCAUUUUAGCGCUCCUGGCCGCAAUUUCUGCCGGUUUUCGUGCAGACUGUGCGCCAAUCGAGGGGCAUCUCAGUUUUCCACGCCAAUCAGACACGCCAUCAGCAUUGAGAAGUCAUAAAUGUUGUACAUAACAUAAUCGGUAAUUGUUAUUUAAAAGUAAAAUGAUGAAAUAUUCAAUAAAUAACGUAAUGAAUUCAUUAGAAGAUGACAGAAAAUGGUACGAAUAGAUGAAUUUUUUUCAAUAACAGAAGAUUUUCUCGAAAUAUGAAAAUAAAAUUGCAAGAUAGAACAAGGAUUUGUAACAUUUUGUUAGACACACAAACACAAAAACAUUUUGGACAUUUUGCAAUUUGACUUCUUAUAUGUUUACCUUUCUUUUUUUCUGUAUUUCCAAUAUCAUGGAAUUUUCCUGUGAAAAUAGACGAGAAAAGUGUUUUGAGAAAAUGUGUAAAAAGGAAAAUUUAAGAAGUAUAAAUAAAUUUAUCUCUUUCGAUAUAACCAAGGCGAAGAAAAUAUAGCAAAAAACGGAAUCAAGAAUGAACAUAAUAAAUUGAUGAAAAAAAAAUUAAAUGGCGAUAAAAUUUCGUGAAUUUUCUCAGUUCUUUCAACAUACACGUCUUCAGCAUUUUCUGUUGCAAUAGUAAAACAAGUAAAUAAUAUUAAUAAAUACACACGCAGAAUGAAUUAAAAAAAGAAAAAAAAUGAUGAAUGUUUUUAUGAUGCAGCAAAAUAGCAAAUAAAAUGGGAAAGGUGAUUGACAUAAUUUUUCUUUAUAAUAUUAAAAAAAAACGAAAGUGAAACUAAUUGACACUUAAAUAGAGAAAAAAAGAAUCAAUGAGAGAAAAUAUUGAAAUACAUUUAUUGUAAUUUUUUGUUCUUAAUUAAUUAAGCUGAGCGCGAUUAAUUGACAUGUUUCUUAUGAAAUUCUCAUGUAUUCGCAACACCUAAUGAAAAAGAAAGAAAGAAAAAAAAACAAGACGAAAAACACGCAAGAAUUAACAUUGACAAGAUCCCAUAAUAAAAGAAGAAAUUUUGCUACAAAUUCACUGGAAUUUUGUAUGUGACGAAAACAAAGAAUUAAUUGUCAAUUAUUGAUCGCGCAUUGGAACUCAACACUCGCCAUGAAUGUAAAUAUUGUGUAUAUCAGAUCAUUAAGGAGUAAAAUGAGAUGAAAGAGAACAUAAAAUCAUGUAGUGAGAAGUGAAAUAUUUAAUGAGUAAUCUAUUGAAGCAAAUAACAUUGAAUAUUGAAUGGGAAAUUUUAAAUAUUAAUCGAUGAAGUAAUAGUAACAAAUAUAUAUUUUUAAUUUUCAUUGUGCAAACCAUUUAAGAAUGGCUUGCGAGGGAUCUCCAGCGAAGAUACGAUGUCUGCGUGGCAUCUUGUAGUGAAUGUGCUAGGAAAUUUAUGAUUUUCUAGUGGAUUUGAUUUUUUUUGUCAAAACCUUGUUAGAUUGUUUUUGACAUCCGUUCAUUGACCCUCUUAAUUUGAUUAUUUGCAAAUGCAAAAACGGAAAAUCUUAAACAAAUUGGUGCAACAAUAAUUCCGAAUGAUAAGAAGAGUAAAAAAAAAGAAAAAGAAAUCUUGAAUAUUUGUAAAAUUUUAACAAAGUUAAAAUAAUUUAUAUUUAGUGAGAGGCAUUAGAAGCAAAGGAAUGUAAAUAACGUAACAAACACACAUCAGCAUAAGUAAAAUACAUCAAAUAGAGAAAAUGUGAAAUUUCAAACAUGUUUCUUUUUGUGAUUUUAUUCUUAUUUUCUGGUACUCGAGCUGUUUCUCCUGUGACUUUUCGCCUCCAAAUAUAAUGGUUUGUUUAUGGUCUCAUUUUCAUUAUUAUUAUUUUGUAGUUGUUUAGCAUCUUUCGUAGGGCAUUUUUAAACUUAAAACACAACAUUUGCCAUAAUGAAAUCAUGAGAAUAUAAUAGGAAGUAAAUGUAGGAUUCAGUAGAACUAUCGUCUAAUGAAAUAUUCUACUUUUCCCUCAUCCCAAAAACCCCUUCUAAAUCUCUCAUCCGUCAGCAGACCAUCUGAAUGUGAGCUUAGGCACUUCAGUGAAACCAUUGACAUAGAAAAUUGAAGUGAUUUUUGUACAUAGUCAAAUUAUGCGAUGAAAAAUGGUUUCUUCACUCUUUCUACCUAAUCAAUCCCGUUUUUCUCAGUUCACUUUUUCUACGCAAUGUCAAAAGAAAAGAAAUAAGUACAGAAACAAUCUCUUCUAUAAACCCAUCUUUUGUAUAGAAAUUCUUAUAAUAAGAUAAUAUUUAAAAAAAAAAAGAAGAAAUUGAGUAUAGUGAAGAAAAUUGAAUAAUAUUCAUCAAUAAAUACAUUUUGCAGAAUAAUAAAAGAAUAUUUAAAUGGAUAAAAAUAAUAGAAGAAAAAAACUCAUAUAAUAAUGAAUACAAUCAUUGAUAGAAGAUUCUUUCUAAUUUAUUAUAUAUCUUUGUUAAUUGAGAUAAUACACAAUUUAAGGUAACGUGAAAAAUUAAGUGAAAAUCUUUAUAAGCAAAGAAAGAUCAGUAAGAGAAUGAGAAAACAGAUGUAAUGUCGUUAAAAUAGACACUUGGAAUGCAUUUUACUCGAUGUACUAAACAAUAUUGAUUUUAAAAGCGGACGUGGAUUAAGAAGAAACAGUCAAGGUGGAAAAAAUAUAAGGAAAAUUUAAUUAGA